AAAAGUUUUCAUACGUCGUGAGUCUACUCGGAAAAAAUCAAAUAAAAUGUAAGUUAACGUUUAUGUUAUUGACUAUUUUAUAAAUAGAAUCAUUUUUUUAGGACAAAUGUUAAUAAAAUCAACAUGAGACAAAAAAAUUUAAUGGCCGAAUACAUGCUUCGGCAUCAAGAUUUGGCCAAAAAUAUGUUGCAGAAUUGUUGUCAGGGCAAAGCUGCUGCCAAUAAAUUGUGGGACUCCUUGGCGGUCCUGCUUAAUGCGGCCGGUCCACCAAUGAAGGAUGCUAAGUCUUGGCGGAAAGUAUUUGCUGAUCAAAAGCACAACGUCAAAAAGAAGUUGUCUUUCAACAAAGCGUCGAAGCAGCGAACUGGUGGUGGUCCUUACGAAAAAAAGUACCUAACAACAGCAGAGGAGCAACUGCUUCAGGCUAACGGCAUGGACAUUGCGGUAGAAGGCCUGGGAGAAGUAAGAACUUUUGGCAACUCCACCCCUGAAAAAUAG